AUGGCCUUCUACACGAUCGCGUUGUGUAGAUUUGAGAAGUUUAUAGAAUGGUUUCGAGUGUGGAUUGAGAUCUGGCAUAUCUGGGUGGUCACCAUCGGUGCUUUAGUGAUCAUGUUGUUGGUCUGCAUUGUGGCUCUUUUUACCGAUUCGUAAGUUUUAAUUCGUUGAGUAAACCAUUUGAGAUGCCUUUAGACAGCAUGACGACCGUUUCGAUAAACGUGUGGGGCGCUUCUUUACCGCAGUAUCCAACAGCAGCAUCUCAUACGCAAUAUUCGCAUUCUUAGCGCUCGUUUUCCUAUUCCCUUUUGCAAUCGUUAUCCUUUCUCUCAAAGUUCUUGGGCCUUAUGAACGGAAAACCACUGUGAGGGAAGCCAGGAUAUUCUCCUUGUUCUGA